CGUCAUUCGCCAUGUUUUUAUAGUCGACAGUUUCAAAAGAUGGAAAACAUUCAUGUUAAUUCUGUAUUAGAUACACAAGUUAUAAUUAGCGGCUGAUGAAGAUGAAACGGUAUGGCAAAUUUUCUGAUAGACCUUUCGGAAGAGACAAGGUUGAAGAUUACAUUGGUGUCAUCCAUUCUCAGCCUCAUUUGCAUUAUUCCUUCGGCCAUGCUGCUAGGUGCCGGGGCCUACAUUCAAGGAGCUGUUCAAACAAAAGUUCACUUGACUGAGGAUUUGAAUACAACAGUUUUACCGUCAUGUAUAAUUACAAUAGGAUUCCUGUGCAUGUGUCACAAUUGCUUUUGUGGUACGGUGGUGUUUUUGAGCAGGAACAAGAAGAAGAGAGAGGAUUUGAUUAAAUUUUUAUUCCCCACAGUUAUAAUAGGACUUGUGCUCUGUCUGGCGAUUUUUGCUGCAGGGAUCAUGUGUUUUGUACAAAUUACCCAUCUCAGCUCUUCAUUACAAAAGGGCAUAUCCGCAGCAAUGAAAAAGUACAAAUCGGACCCAGCCAUGAAACAGGAGAUUGACACAGUGCAGAUUGAAUUCGAGUGUUGUGGAAACGAUAAAUACACUGACUGGUUUUCUGUCUCCUGGAUACACAGUGACUACCUUACAGCUGAAAGGGCUGUUCUAAACUACAUCAACGACGAUGUCCCAUUUAGCUGUUGUAACCCCGCCUCACCACGUCCCUGUAUCCACCACGACAUCCACAACAACAAACUUCACUACAACUACGACUACCGAGUGAAGACCACGCCCAACGUGGGAUGUCGUCACGCCCUGGACAACUUCUAUGGUUGGGGACUGCUCACCAAUGUUGGUGCUCUCGUCGUGUGCAUAUCCAUCCUGCAGGGUAUUGCUGUGAUAUUGACACGGAUCGUCCAGACAUCCAUGGCCACAGCUUAUGAAAAUGGCGACCUGUUCGGUCCAGCUACAGCAUACAUAUUCUGGUGCGGACCUUCUACUGAUGACGAACACAAGCACCUAGAGGAACCUCUUCUUGACGAUGAUGAUGACCUCUCGUGGGGAUCAGAUUUCCAGGACGAUGAUCAUCAUUAUGAAGUUCCGCAGAACGAGGGAAAGAUUUCACCAGAAGUCCACUCAGACAGUUCAUCGGAACAUAUUUACCAUGCAAUAGAAUUCAACCGAUCUUCGACCCGAAAGUUACAGUCAACAGCAGACAACUCUAACCACCCACCAACAACUCAUCUGCCUACAGGCGUACCCAUCCCUGAACCAUCUUCAUUCGCUCCCCCCGUCCCCGCUCCUCGGAAAUUGUCACCCUCAGUGUCCCGCCCCACCAGUCCUGUCCGAGUUCCUUCAUCCCCCAGUACCCCACGAACUCUCCUUGACAUUUCACCAAGGAGAGACCAUGCGAGUAGCUCUCGCCAUAGUCAUUCUCGCCUUAUACCUUCCCUCAGAAAUCCCAUUCUUAGUACGAUGUGAUCAUAUCUCCAUGAUCUACUGUUAAGCGCAACUGUUUAGAUGUUUGUUAUUCCAAACAUUCAACAAUCGAGGAAUUGUUCGAUAACAAGCCUAUGACAUUGCAACUGUUAAAGUUGACAUGUCGAGAUACUACAGCUCAGCACCCGACAACCACUGAUAUCAUUAACUCAGAUGUACAUUGAUUAAACCGUCUCACGUGUAA